AUGGCAAACCGCAUAUUCUUCCACAAUGGUCGCAUCUUGACCACCGAACAUGCGGUCCUCCACGACACCCCAAGCUUUGCGGAAAGCAUGAUAGUUCAAGAUGGCAAAGUCAUUAGCAUUGGGCCAUACGAUGAAUUAUUGCCUUCAGCCAAGGAUCGUGAUACUGAGCAUCGUGACCUUCAGCAGAAAAUCGUUCUACCUGGCUUCAUUGAUGGCCAUAUGCAUCUUCUUCUUCUGGGCCAGUCUCUCCGUAAGCUGGACUUGGUACACUGCCAAAAUCUGGAGGAUAUAAGAUCGACUAUCCGAGAAUAUGCUGUUGCAAACCCCAACAUUCCGACCAUCCUUUGCAAAAACUGGUUCCACGCAAUGACGCCAGACGGCGUGACAGCAGCGAUGUUAGACGACAUUGAUCCGUCGCGGCCGAUUUUCAUUGACAAUAGUACUCAGCAUUCAUGUUGGUGCAAUACUGCAGCUCUGAAGAAACUCGAUGUUGCUAGCAAGCCCGACCCAGCAGGCGGCAAGAUCUAUCGUGAUGUCGAUGGAAAUCCAUCUGGGGUUCUUGAUGAAGGCGCCAUGAUGUCUAUUAUAUGGCCAUACCAAGCAAUGUCAAGUCCUAAACAGGAGAGGAUGGAAGCUAUUCGGGCUGCUAUACAGGAGUACAAUGCCGCAGGAUAUACGGGUGUGAUAGAGAUGGCAAUGGACGAAGAGGCAUGGGACGCUCUUGUUACUCUUCGUGAAGAAGAGCCAACUCUUCCUAUUCGCCUCUCAGCAUACUGGCUUAUAAAGCCAACAGAGAGCUUUGAGGAAAACUCGAAGCAAACAAAACGUGCCUUCGAACUGUCAAAGCAAUAUAACUCUAAAACAAGCCCGGAUCUGCGGGUUGUUGGAGUGAAGAUUAUCUGUGACGGAAUUAUUGAUGGAUGUACAGCCUACCUCUCACAGCCAUAUUCCUCGGGUAGCUUAGGCUCCCCUCCCCCGAUAUGGGCUCCUAGGUAUCUGAUUCCAGUCAUCCAGGAAGCAGAUGCUAGUGGUUUGCAAAUUGCUCUUCAUGCUAUUGGAGAUGAAGCUAUCAAUAUGGCUAUCAAUGCAAUUGAAAAUCAUACUACUCCAGGAAGACGCCAUCGCAUCGAGCACCUAGAGCUGGCGUCACCAGAAGAUUCCAAGCGCCUUGGUACAUUGGGGUUAACAGCUUCCAUCCAGCCUGUCCAUGCAGACCCAUCUAUCCUUGAAGCAUGGCCUCGGCUUCUUGGGAAAGAGCGAUGUGGAAGGGCAUUUGCGUAUCGCGAAUUCGCUGAUGCGGGCGCUCUCAUGGCUAUAGGCAGUGAUAGCCCUACAUCUCCUUGGGCUCCGAUGGAUAAGCUCUAUGUCGCAACCACGAGGCGCUCUUCAAGGAAACCACAGUACGUAGGUGCUGUAAAUGAUCACUUCUGUCUGGGUCUUUGCGAGUCUGUCAUUGCCGCGACCGGUGGUGCCGCUCGGAGUGUUUUCGCAGAAGACCGCGUAGGGACAUUGGCCCCUGGAAAGAUGGCUGACUUCAUUGUUGUAAAUAUGGACUGGGAUAAACAUGCUCUUCUUAGCGCAACUGUCUUGGAGACUUGGUUCAGUGGUAGCAAAGUGUGGGAAAAAUCGAUGUGA